CUUCCACCACCGCCUCCACCAGCACCAGCACCACCGCUACUUCCUCCUUGCGCCUGCGUCGAGCAUUGCUCCUUCCGAGUCUUUGCACGCUUUGUCUUUUCUCCUGGCCCCCCCUCCUUCCCGUCAUGGGCUUCGUCUUAUAGGUGCCGUCCUUCUCUAGCGCUUGUCGCGGUCGUCAAAGCAGCUGCGACUGCCGUUCAAUUUCCACACUCGCAUCUCCCAGCCUUCGAUUUUCGCCAGCGCUCAAGACAGCCCUAUGCGACAGCGACGACCAUAGCCACUGCUCAACUCACGCAUCUUAUGCUGCGCCAUCGCGAUUUUCGACGCUUUGCACUUCCUCUCGUCGCAGACGCGACGUCGCCAUCCACUGUCUCCAACUCGAUCCGUCGCUUCGUCCACUUGCCUUUUGCGCCAGCGGCCUGAGCCUACAACGACGCCGACGCCGACGCUUCGCGCUUUCUCGCAUCCAUGUACAAUUGAAACCAUAUUGCCUGUGUCCACAGUUGUGCAUGUGUUCUACAAACAACGCUGGAUGCACCUGAACCCACUCGCCAAUCGAUACGCAAUCGAUAACCUGCAACGCUAGGACGCGCCUCCACAGCAGGCUCCAUACCCGCGACAACUGCUCCAUCGGGUGUCACGAUCCACUUUCUCAGCCAUAUCGUCGUUGUUGUGGUCGUGAACGCGGUUACGGCCAGCUGAGCUUACUGUGGUCCUCGCGUUGUGCAUCGUCACCGCUGCUUCACUUGCUCCUCACCUGUUCCGACCGCACCAUGUCGUUCAAUUCAUCUUUCUCGUUUGCACAAAGUGCACACACGUUGCCUCGCAAUUUCACUUUCCAUUAUCGGGACGGCGAGCUGCCGAAGACACCAGAGCCGUCGGACAAAUUCUCCCCUCUUCGCACGUCACCUCCACCCAUACCAGUCGCGCGAGUAGCCAGGGAACCGUAUAGGCUCAGACGCCGCAGAGCUCCUGUACAAGCCGCACAACGGGCAAUCCGUGCCAUCCAUCAUGACGAUGUGGCUGAUGUCAUGCGGGAGAGUCAGGAUGUACCUGUUCCCAGCAUCGAACUUACCGACUCCGCUGGGGCACCGGCGAUAUUCCCAGAGGCCCCAGCAAGCAAAAGUCGGCUAUUUUCACCUCCAAGAACUCCGGUAGCGCAGAUAUAUAACUCGGAAGAUACAUACGGCGAGGCUUCUAGUAGUCAAGAAGAUCUUACCAGACCGUCAACGGCUUGUUCCGGCUUCUCGGAAUCGUCAAAGUCGUCAAGCGUCGAGUCUUUCCCUUCUUUUGGUGAGUCUUGCAGUCCCAAAUCUCAACAUGACCCUUUCUCCACGGGAGCACCUGCAUUUGGCAUAAUAUCCUCCCCUCUACAAAAGUACUGUCCGCCCCCCGCGGCAAAUACGCUUCCGAGUACAAAACGGGCAGCCUGGACCCAGGAAAUGGAUGACCAUCUUUGGAUCACCUACAUGCGAUACCUUCAGGAUCCUACCCAUACACCGUUCAAAAUGCUUCCAGGGACAGCUCCACCUCCAGGCGUAUGCUCGCGCGUGGUCCGUGAGGCAAAGCGGACUUGGAAAGGCCAUCUAACCUCGUCUGUACCAAAAGUAUACAGAUUUGCUCGAUGGGGCAGCAAUCGUGCUGAAUCGCCUGAGGCCAAUAAUGCCAGAGAUGUUGAACGUCCCUCGUUUAUGCCCUGGCCACGAUCCGACUCAGCUACGCGAAAACGGUUAAGAGAUCUAUGUAGGCUGAAGCCAACGUUGUCCGCUCACUACGGUCGUCUACUGCAUGCUAGGAGUCCUUCACCGUUUUUGACAUCCAGCACGGGGCCCAGGUCAACAUCUGUUACUCGGGACGGUUCAUCACCGCACCUCAACACUGGUGCAUUCUCCACACGUGACAUGAAUGUCUCGCUGGCAACGAGUAUCUCCACAACUAUGCAGCUCAGCCAUCCUCUCGCUCAGCUAAGCAGCGAUGCAACACCUACACAGGGCGGUACGAUUCCUCAUAUCAACCAUCCACAGGAGACCUCUACGCCACGGCCUCGGGCUACGACUCAUCACGACAUCUCGGCUGCUCCACGGACUCCUAUUCACCAAAAGAGCCUUUCGAUGCAAGAAGCUUCUCUUUCAAUGCAUCCCCGUCCUCUUGCCUCACCCUUCCGACCAAUACCCACUAAGGCGAAGGCGCAUGAACCUCUUCAGAGUGCCAUGGCGUCUUCGUCCUCGAUGCUUGGUGCCCCAGUAGAGCUGCAUGCCCCAGUCCCGCGACGUAGUCUCUUCAAACGUCCCGCACAAACUGAGCUCAAUGACAUGAUGCAUUCUGAGGACCCAUACACUCGACAGCAUCACCUCAUGAAAGAGCUUUUUGGCUCUAAUCAGCCUAUUGAGGUUAGCCACCGCCGCGUUCGUAGUCGAGGCUUCAGUCUUGGCGAUAUGACCGCUGCAUCUCGGCUUGAGAGUCUCUUUGCCUCGCCCAACGAAAGUGCAUUGGCAACAGAAAGUUCAGUACCUGCAACUUCUCGCUCGUUCACACACUCCUUACUUCCUCCACCGUCUUUUGAAGCUCGACUAGGCUCUCCAUUUUCCGAGAAGCCCGCCACGAAAACACAUUACAAUACAUUUCCGCGUAAUUUUUCCCUAAUUGGGCUUGAACCUGCCAUGGAUAUUGUGGAAGACCCAUCCGAUACGCUUACAGCUGAGUCGGUUACCGGCAAUACCUAAAUUUCUUGACAUCUCAUGACCUUUCUGGCUCGCUCCAUAGUUUCGAGUCUUUUGUCCACUUUACAGAUACGUCUUGCCGCUGCGUCAAAUGUGGCUAGCUCAUUGUUCAGGCGUUCACUGCAUAGCGCGCAUCCGAGAGAAAGAUGAGUCUGGCGCAUGCUAGCCAAGCUCAGCGCACGAUUAUAUUUAUGGCACAUUCCAAAAAUUUGCAUUUGCAAUUCACGCAUAUGAUUUGCUCUCGUAUACCGGGCGACGUGAUGCUGGAGCCUCAUCAGAUAAAACUUUGUCCAAAUCACGACCGACAUGAACGACACGAAAUCAAUAAAAACAGCAUAGGGACUUUGAUUCGAGACUGGCGGCAAAGGCGUUGUGGCAAUUGUACUUUAAUAUCCAAAGGCGCCUCUGUUACAUCGGACGAAAUUGGUGAGAUGGUUACGGGUUUAUUUCGACGCAGCGGGAUCGAACAAUUGAGGCUUUGAAUGGAUUCUGAAAUGUAUCUGGAUGCCUGAUAUGAGACGAGAGUACGAAUCCUGGCUCAGCUGUAUGAUAAUUUUUGUUGACUGCGAACGAUUCACCGGACGAUUGAUCUCUUGCGAAGUGAAGGUUCAACUAUAUUCACGUCCGCCAUAAUUAGAAUGCUAUCUGAUUAUCAAACACCGUCACUAAGUGUUCUGGAACGCUGAGUGACACGCAGGUUGUAACCAUGGUCAUUUCAUCACGAUGCAUGACGUAGCUGUCACUGUUUCAGGGACGUUUAUCG